CCAUCAACCAACCAACACCAAAGUCAUCCUCAAUAUAUUACAGACAAACACAAAACCUGGAACAAAAAAAACCAUGAUCCUCGAACAGAAGCAAUCCGACUAUCUGAAACAGUGGAUGGUCCAGAAACUUAAACCAAUCUGCGAUGCUGAUCACGAGGUUCUGUCCGAGUACGUGAUGGCUCUACUGCGGCACGAUCAAUCGGAGAAUCAGCUAAGGUCAUCGUGUCUCAAACAACUCGAGGAUUUCCUUCAACAAGAUACCAAGCUGUUCGUGACAGACCUCUUCGAUCAUCUUCGAACUUUUGGUGCUUUUAACGGAUCUUACCAGCCCCCUGAAAUCAAUCUAUCUGCUUCAGUUUUACUUAGGAAACGCUCACUAGCCGUUGAUGAACCCUAUCUCUUGCCCAACAACAAUCAGCUCGACAAUCAACAUCGCCCCUCCCAAUCCUCUACUGCUCCGAUCCCACAGUAUACGCCCACUCAGAGUCAUCCCAGCUUCCUUCACUUCCCUGAACCUCAAUCUAACCUCAUCAACCCCUUACCUAGCUUCAACCCAUCAUCUCACACUCAACAACCUCCCUAUAACAAUACCAACACCAACCAGCCGAGGAAUUCGAAACGUCCCCGAAGAUCUAUAUGUCGAGAUUACCACUAUCGCGGAUAUUGUGCCAGAGGGAGUAGCUGUCACUUCUCACAUGACGAUAGGGAUCAAGAUGCCUCCUCAAGCUCAACCCAGUCAUCCGCUUAUUUCUCGAAAACUCUACCAGCUGAAACCCAACCGACGACCGCACCCCCAUCUGCCACCUGUAUUCCUCUGGUUUUCAGCAGUACUUCAGUUGGCCAACAGAUACCUGGACUAGGCGGACCUUUGACGAUCCCAUAUGAUCUACCCAUUCCAUCAUUUUCUUCAAGUAAUCCACCAGAGCAGCAAUCUGGAAAUGAUCAAUCAAACCAUUACAACUCAAGACAUCCUGAUCGAUCCACGCGCUUCAAUGGGCCCACAUCUAACACCAGAAAACCAUUCACCACUCUGUUCAUCGAAAACAUUCCUCAAUCAUCACUCUCCGAUCGCGCUGUCCGGGAAUAUUUCUCGAUGUUCGGGCCGUUGACUAAUGUCACCCUUGAUGUACACAAUUCUCAGGCGCAGGUCACAUUCAAAUCAACCGACGAUGCAAAGCGUGCUUAUUCCUCUCCUGAGCCCGUCUUUAAUAACCGAUUCGUCAGGAUUCACAUCAAGCGUGUAGUUGGAACUGGACCUCGAAGAAGUCACGGCCCUUUGCGAACAGACGCAAGUCCCGCAGCGGAAGGGUUUAGUAACAAUGAAUCUUCGUAUGAAAUGAACUCGAACGGAUAUCGCCAUAAGGCCUAUGACAGCCCGAUUACCUACAAGUCCCCGCCUGUCUCCUCGCCACCACAGCCAAAAGCGGAUGUCCAGGUGUUAUCCCAACGCGAACAAGAGUUAAGACUCAAGAUCGAUGCUCAAAAACGAUUGCUCGAACAGCUCAGUUUGAAGAAAGCUCAAAAAUCUAACGGGCCCACUCAGGAUAUCGAAAUGAGUGGUCCCUCUAAACCUACCGCACAGCUCGACACUGAAAAUCAACCAAAGCAAGAUCUCCCUAAAACCGACCCUAACUCCACUGAUCUGAGCGAGUCAGCGACCACCGACACGAAGCUCUUAUCCCCUGAACCUCGUCUAGUAAGUCCUAAAGAAGCUCUAUCGCCAUUACCAGAACCGAACUCAUUCCAGAAACGGCCGGCGAAUUUUGCUAGUCGAGCUGUCGGACGGACCAAGUUGACGAAUAGUCGGACCUCGUGGACUCCUACCGGUAGCUCUCCUACUAAGGCCUUCAAGCUCGAUAAUCGUAGCUGUACUCUUGCCGUUCAAUCCGUUCCCUCCUCAACUGCUCGCGAAAACCUUAAGGUCUACUUGGAACAAUUCGGGACGAUCGUCGCCUUUGUUCCCUUGUCUGAGGAGGAAGACAUGUUUGAUGUUAGUGUGAAGUUUUCGACACGGACAGCGGCUGAGAAAGCAUUGGCAAAUGGACUAGACAUACCGGAUGUGGGCAAGGUGACCAUGAACUGGGUCCCGGUCGGCGCUGGAUCGGGCCCCUCAACGACAGCAAAGACAACGACAACAACGACGAACAAUGCGACUGGCCAUCCCCAACACAUAUUCAUCCCUGGCUUGAGGAACUCACAUCAUCACCACUAUCCCGGUAGUUUCUCCUUGGUCAAUCACCGUCCGGGCGCUCAAUCUAAAGCCGAAGAUCCUACCACCGGGGAGACCGGCGAUAAGAAGAGCAUGGCUCCUGAUUCUUCAUUAACAACACAUACUCGUGGUGGGUCGGAUAAUCUGCUGGUCAAUGGCGCUGAUACGGACGAUCUUAUUGACGAUUUUUGUGUGGAUGAUGAGGUUGAUGGGUGUUGGAAAAGAUAGACUCUCCUUCUCUCUUUCUCUCUCUCUCUCUCUUGAAUUUUAGACUUCCUUUUUUUUUCAAACUAAACAAACAAAUAAAUACAAGAAAAAGAAAAUGCAAUUGC